AGCACCUGUUACAGAAGAACAACCGUCAUGGCUACAAGUGAAGAAACAGUUCGGAUCUUUGAACUCAAAGAUGCUCGGUCAGUGCAGGAUCCUGUCCAUCCAUAUGAUGCGAGUCAUAAAGAAGUCCCUCUCAUAAUUGAUAAUGGGUCCUACCACUGUCGUGUAGGAUGGGCAACUGAUCAAGAACCAAGAAUUGUUUUUCGGAAUUGCUAUGCCAAGCACAGGAAGGACAGAGGGAAGAAAAUUGCGACGGAAACUGAAGUGUUAGUUGCCAAUGAAAUAGGAAACAUUGAGGCUGUGAGGUUCCAGUUAAAGUCCCCACAUGAUGAGAAUAUUGUUACUCAUUUUGAAGCUCAGGAGACAAUGUUUGACUACACUUUCUCUCACCUGGGCAUCAACACAUCUCGGGUGGACCAUCCAAUUAUCCUGACAGAGGCAUUCUGCAACCCUAACUACUCCAGACAGUUAAUGUCGGAACUUCUGUUUGAGUGCUAUGGAAUUCCAAGUGUAUCAUACUGUAUUGAUGGCUUGCUGAGCUACCACAGAAACAAUCGUAACAAUCCGGAUGGGCUCCUUAUCAACAUAGGCAAUUACACAACACAUGUCAUUCCAAUCUUAGAUGGCUAUGCUGAUCCUUCAAGCUCACGUAGGAUUAGGAUGGGAGGUCUUCAUCUGAGCAAGUUCUUGUGGCGAUGGCUGCAACUGAGAUUUCCACAGCAUUUAAAUGCUGUUACAUUAUCAAGAGCAGAGGAAAUUCUUCAUAACCACAUGCAUGUUGCUGAGGAUUACAUGUCAGAGAUCUCCAAGUGGUCUAAUGUCAACUACUAUGAAAAGUAUGUUCGGAGAAUUCAGCUCCCUUUUGUAGCCGCACCAGUGAGCACAGUGUCUGUGGAACAACAGCGUGAGCGACGUAAGGAGGCUGCCAGACGACUUGUUGAGAUGAAUGCUAAGAAAAGAGAAGAAAAGCUGAUGGAGGAUGAAGCAGAACUAACCCGCUUGAUAGAAUUAGUGGAAGCCAUGGAAGAAUUCACACCGGAUGAACCGGAGUACCAACAUGCCCUGGAGGAGGCAGAGGUUACAUCUCCAGAUGACCUCACCAAAAAGAUCACAUUAUUGCACCAAAAGAUUGAGAAGACUCGUCAGAAGAUGCUGCAAGCUACUUCAGCUGCUACUGAGGAGGAGGAACCUAAACCAAAGAGAGUGUGUGAGGAUAUAAGUCCCAAGAAAAAAGCUGACCUUGAGCAGUGGGUUGAGGAGGUCAAGCAACAGUGGAGGGACAUCCAGUCUCGCCGGGCAGCUCGGCGACACAAGAGACAGGAGAUGGCUAAGCGACGUACUGCAGCUUCCCAAGAAAGAAUGCGUAUCAUAUCACAGUUGGCAAGACGGGAGAAAAAAGAUGACAACUUUGGUAUGAGGGAUGAAGAUUGGGAUGUGUAUAAGGCCAUCAAUAAGGAGGGAGGAGGGUCAGACAGUGAAGAGGAGAAUGAGAAGUUGCAGGAGCUUGAGUCAGCCUUACGACAACACAGUCCUGAGUUCUUGGGAGACACCACUGCCACCAAACCAACUUCACUUGCUGAAAAUUACCAGAUUCAGCUCUCUACAGAACAGAUCAGAAUUGGAGAAUUACUCUUCCAGCCAUAUAUGUAUGGGCUGGAGCAGGGUGGGAUAACAGCCACCAUUCAGUACGUGUUGGGCCUCUUUGACUCAGACAUUCAGAACAGACUAGUGAACAAUGUCUUCCUGACUGGUGGCCCUUCAUCACUACCUGGACUUAAGCCUAGGAUAGAGAGGGAACUUCUGGCCAUGAGACCAUUCCAGUCACAUUUCAAUGUUUGCCAAGCCCAGAAUCCUGUUUUGGAUGCUUGGUAUGGAGCCCUAGACACUAGUGAAGAGCUGGUGGCUAUGGGGCUUACCAGGGCAGAUUACCUGGAACAUGGAGGAGACAGGAUCAAAUACCACAAGGAUGGUAACAUGUUUUGGGCCCCUUUAAUGCCAGUAGCACCUGAGUCAGCACCAGGAUCAGCAGUUCCGAGCAAAGAGACAACUCCAGCACCUGAGGCCAAGCCAACACCAGAGGGCAUGUUUUCUACUGAUAAUAUAACAACUGUAGAACCCACUGGAGAUUCUUCAUCAAGUUAAAGUUUGUCCAUUAUAAUAACAUAACUGUACUAAUAGUAUUGAUCAAAACUGAAAAAUAAAUAAUGAAAGAGUAUAAUAACUUU